CAAUCGUCUCUGGCACUCUGGGUAACCCCUUGGGAUCAUCGAUCGUUUGGGUCGCUUUGGUUGUAGUUAGCCAGAGGUAGAUCACAAGCCUUGGUUAUCCUCUGAACGAUUUCUAUGAUUUUUUUUUCUUUUCGUUCUCUUCAGUUGCUAUCUGCCGCGGCAUUUUCUGCUAUUACGCCCAAAUUCAGACAGACCUCCAGUUCGCAAAGGGCAUCCCAUAUUCAAGUAUCCCGGAGAGCGGCCGUCAUCCUGAUUGGUAAAGCAAGUCCUCGUAAUCAGGGCCUUGAAGCCCAUUGUCAGCUUGUCGCUAUGCCCUAUGCCGCGGACUUUAUUCUAACAGAACCUGGAGACCCAGGAAAAGGAAAAUUUGUUGGAACAAGAUGAUGAAAAAGAGAAAAACACCUCCAAGAUGCAUGCCAUUCCUUUAUAUCGCGUAUACUGUUGGCCCUUUGCAUUGUCAACGUUACAAUAACCGAUUCCCUCUUCCAAACACCAUGAUUGCGUGCGAAUGUACUGGAAACACGUGCCGUU